CACUAACUUGCUACUUUGCAUGUCAUUCUCCCGUUUUCCACCUCUUCCCUAACUUCAUCCCAUGUCCCAGCUUUAAAUUAUACCCAGCAAUCAUGUCGGAUGCGCUGCCCGAUCCUUCCACACAUCUUCAACCCCCAAGCAAGACCAUUGAGAAGGAGGACCCUGGAGCUGAGGACCAUAUAGCUUCAGACAGCGACGAGGAACACUUUUCAGAUGCCAGCGAAGGCCACUCAAAUCUACAAACAAAAAGCCCACAGUCUGGUCGUGCUUCCCCUGUCCCACGAACUCGAGUACAGCGAGUCGACGACAGCGCCCAACACGGCGAAGUGCCCGGCACAGAAGCAUACGAGAAACGGGGACAAGAUGCAGUGCCCGACGAGAUUGAAGUGGUCCCAGAAGUUUCACCCAGCAGGGAUCCCUCCCCAGCGGGGUCGCAGGACCGACCCUUGGCCCCAGGCGGCUCCCCAAUCCCGCGAACAGUCGUGGAAAAAGUAGAUCCAGAAUCGCCGAGCCAUGGCGAGGUCCCAGGCACGGAAGCAUAUGAAAAGCGCCAGGCAGAUGCCGUGCCCGACGUUGUGACUAAGGCCUCCGACGACUUGGACAGCGUUCUCCCACCACCAGUGGCGGAUCGGGAGUCUCCAGACUCCAGCGCCUCCAAUUCAUCCAAUCAAUCCAUUCCUGAGACGCGGCUUUCUCGAGUGGACACUAUACCCGCCGAAGAUGAGCUACCAUCACCACCACGUGCUCAUCAAAGAUCGCCAAGCGAUGCAGUGCCUGACACAGUGGAGAACAUAUCUGAUAGUCCUCCGCCAGAUCACGGAGAAGAGCAUAACUUUGAAGGGGCAGAUGACGAGGACGAUUUUGGAGACGAUUUCGACGAAUUCGUGGAGGAGCAGGGUGGCAUGGGCGACGACGAUUUUGGUGAUUUUGACGACUUUGACGAUGGCUUCCAAGAGCCCGAGGUGAUUGAGGACGCCGCUACAGCUGGCAGCACUAUCCCUCAACAACCUCCAGUAUCCAUAUCAGUUCCCCCUCUCAUCGACUUUGACAACUUCAAUUCCACCUCCGAACUUCUCACAGCCCUUCAAGGCACCCUCGACAGCCUUCUCCCCGCCGCCCAAGACCUCAGCUCCCUUCCACCCGUCGAACCCAUCCCCGACGCUUCAGCCAUCUUCAGUACAGAGCGCAGUCUCUCUCUAUGGUCGCAGCUCGUAGCACCACCACCCCUCCAACCACAAAACUGGGUCAAAUCCCGCAUCCGCCGACUCUUCCUCGUCUCUCUCGGCGUCCCAGUCGAUCUAGACGAGAUCCUACCUGCAUCCAAACAAAAGAAGCUCGUUCUCCCCUCUAUCGACCUCGACAACUCAGGGACCACGACCCCAUUUCACAACCAAUCUCGCAAAGAGGAUGACGACUCGGCUACAACAGGGCAGGCCCCUACUCGCUCGAAAACCACCCGCCGCGGCGCGGCCCCGGCUCCCGAACUAGACCUCCCCUCAGUCCGCCGGCUGUGCGCGACCACGGACGCCGCGCUCAACGGCCUGACAGACUCAGAGUUAACACUGCACGUCUCGGAGUUGGAGCAGGUCACCCUGCGCGCCAGUGCGGUAUUAGAGUACUGGUUGAAGCGCCGGGAUGGCCUAGUCAGCGAGAAGGAGGCAUUUGAGGGUGUCAUUGAGAACCUCGUCAGUCAUGUCCGGCGAGUCAGGAAGUGAGAGAGAAUAUGUUUUGUUUCUCUCUUUAUGAUUAGCGGCAUGAUCCAAAUAUUCCGUAUACCUAUAUCUCUGUAUAAUUUAAUGUCGAAGGUGGGAAAGAACAUCCACUGAAUGAGCAUGAUCUGCGUUUGGGACGUUAGGUCCCCGCUUGGCUAAAAUUUUCACCCUAUUGAGC